AUGAGUAUUUGUCGACAAAUUCGUUUAGUUUUAUGGAAAAACUUUACCUUCCGACGUCGACGAUGGGCUCGAGUACGAACAAGAAAUUUAACAUUUUAUUAUGAUGUCUGUCAUAAUGAUCCACAAUAUCUUGGAUCAACGGGAUGUUUACCUGCAUUACAAAGUUAUAUUUGUCAAUGGAAUAAUAGAUGUCAUAAUCAGUCGAAAACAGUGGAUGAAUUUAAUGAAAAUUCCUCACUUUGGAAACAAAUUUUAAAUUUAGCUGGGAGUCUUUCAAUUAUUUUAAACAAUAAUGAAACAUCCGGUUAUUUAAGGAAACUUUUUUUCUCAAUUUAA